ACGAUGUCUCUAAAUGGUGGUGUUUCCCAGGAAGAAAGAAAUAGAAAUCAUUGACCCCAAGUGGGCACUGGCGAUGUAAUGUUUGACUUUUGGUGGCAUGAUUUCAAUGCUCAUUUAUGGAGGAGCCUUCCCCUUGCUCUCCAUCCCAAGUCGGUCUCACUUCUCGAUACACCGCCUCAAUUAUAUAAGGUAGCAAACUUUCCGUCGCCUUCCAUUUAUCUCCACAAGCUCUUCCUGUCUUAAUCACAAAAAUGCCGAGGAAGCUCGCUUUCUUAAUGAUGGUACUGUUUCUUUUAUUCUCGGGUGCAAAAUCCAGGUCUAUUUCAGCCACCACCAGACCAGAAUCCACACCGCCGGAAACAUCCUCACACAUUCCUGCGGGAUCAUCACCUGAGGAGUCAAGCAUCAAUGAUGAUGGGUCAUGCUCUGGGUUAGAAAGUGCAGAAGAAUGUUUGAUUAGAAGGUCCAUGGCUGAUCAUACAGACUAUAUCUACACACAAGAUAUAAGUGGACCGUGACCCUUUUUUCCCCUCUCCUUUUUACCAGUGGUAUUUCUGUACUAAUUAGCUUUAUUUUAUCAUUUAAUGGUUAGAGCAUGAACACUCAGUUUUUAUAUC